UGGAAAGAUUUAGUUCUUUGAUACAGGGUAUGGUGACUCAGCUGGACAGACAACAUGGGUGCAUUUGGACUUCUGAAGACGGCACAGACCAGUGCUAUCCUCCUCCUAAUCUGCAGGCCCUGCUUAAGCUUGUGUUGGUGCCUCAUAUCGACAACAUGUCGGUUCAAGCGCUUCUCAUGUACUUUGUCCUGGAUAUGGCGAACUUCCUGCAGUGCAAAGAUGACCUCCUCCGGUCUUUCUGCCUUGCUUUUACUAUUUCUUCCAGCUUUUCCCAACAAAUCAGGGCCUUCUGGAUGCUUGAUCAUGGACACAUCAAGGCCUCCAUGGAGUUAUUGCUGAGCCCCAGGGCUGCUGCUCCCUGUCUCUCCUGGCAGCAUCGUUGCAUCAUCCACUGUUUGCUAACAAGGAAGCAGCCUCAGUUGGCGUUAAGGUACCUCCACUGGACCAGACCCGCAAUAGAGAGCAUUGAGGAUGCUAAGCUCUGUACAGAUGUGCUACUUCAAAACAGUUGUGUAUCUGAAGCCUGGGCUCUGCUGAAGAGAAGCCACGCAGAAAGUGACAACAUGGUCAUGUACUUCCUCCAGACUUGUAAUGGAUUUGGUCUGUGUGCAGAGGCGUUAAAGUGCAUCCCUGCAGGAUACAAUGAUGGAGUCAUCGAAAAUGGGACUACAAGGUCACAGUUGCCACUGAUUAAGAAAGAUCUGUCAGCAGGAAGACCACCCUGCCCGCUGUCUGCCAAACUGUAUCAGGCUUACAGAGACAACACAGUGUCCCCAGAGGAACUGGUUCCACUCGUCAGACAGGCUGUGAUAGAAGUGAGAAAGCCGCAUCCUAAGAUAAGUGAGGUGGUGUGGCCAGAGCACAGAGCGAGAAAAUCGAACAGCAGAGAGAUGUUUCUGUCAACCCAGGCUCUCCGUCAUCUCACGCCCAGCCCCUCCCCAAUGGACAGGGUAGAAGAAACAGAGCGGACACCACAUGCAGAUGAACCAGCAGAAGAAAAGCCUGUCCAUAAUCAACCUGAGUCACCAGAGCACAUUUCUUCUUUUCGGGAUCUGAGCUCUCAGUCUGUCUCCUCCAUCACCUCAGCCUCCUGCUUGCCUCUGUUGAGACAGGACCAUCCUUAUGUGUAUGAACGUACAUUGACUCUGCAGAGGAUCUCCUCUGUCCUCACUGAUGGAGAGAACCAAAGUGGGGAAGAGGAGGAGGUAGAAGAAGAGAGCACAACCCCUUCAUCAGUUGACGCCUUGACACUAGAUGGCGCCACAUACCCUAUUUUUGUCAGCAACUUGAACAAAGACAUUGUGGUAGAGCUGGUGGUUUCUGCAGAUAAAUUGGCCUGCUGUAAAAGAGAAGAAAUCGCUCACGAUCCCCCAGAUGUCACUGAUCUGAGGAGCUCUGCAUUGUCACUCAACCAAGAAGAACAAUCAGACUGCAUCGCCUCACAUAUUUUCAGUUUCAGCCUCUCCUGUGCCCCGUCUGAAACCACUCAGGACCUGCCGACUGACCUUCACCAGAGCCCUCUGUCAGAGGAUCCUGCUGCCAGUAGCUCAACGGUCUCAGCAGGGACUGGUCAGCAGGACAUAUCCCUUCUCACCACAGUGUGCAGCUCUAUUUUUCCCACACAGCUUCAGAUCUCUGGUAGCUCUCUGACCCCUAGCCUAACCUGCAGCAUCAUUACCACCUCUGCUCCUUCUGGCACCACCAAUGAAAACUCCCCCAAAGCCCGAUUAAAGAUGGAUGAACAUUGUGUUGAGAGCUCCUCUACCUUGCUGGAUCAUUGCAAAAUGGACAGAUGGUGGAAACAGGACCUGGAAACCUGCAGAGCUUCCGCUGGCCUUCUACCUGCUACAGAGCCAGGAGCAACUAUCACAUCAGAUAAUAAGAGGCCUUCUCUUGUACUAGGCCAACCAUAUUCCUACAGUCUGGUCGACUUUAGGGACUUCACUGCAAAGCAAGAAGGAGACAGCAGAGAUGAUAAACAGACAGACAAAGAGGAGCCUGCAAGUUGCCAAGGUGCCAUAAGAAGUGGAAGAACACCAUUAAGGAGAGGAAAACGAGGGAAGAGAGCAUAACGAUUUAGCACAUCUAUGACACAGGACAGUGAAGAACUGAACUGAAUGUAAUAUAUUCUCUAAGUCUUUGAACAUGAUGCAUCUUUUCUUUUGAUUUAGAAAUAUAUUUUGAGUCAAAAUCUGAAUUUGAUAUUUUAACUUAAAGCAAUAUUGUAAGGAUUAACAUCACACCCAAAUUAAUUUACCGACCAUACGACAGGCUUGAUCACAACAUAGAGUUUUCACCUUGAAGUUAUCCGUCUCCCUUUACUCAUCAAUCCACUGGUCAGAUUGUUCUGACGGCUUCUUCUAUCAGAAACCUCUCCUACCCGGU